AAAAGCCUUGUUGCCGUUGAAGAUCGAAGCUUUUCAGGCAAUCACUCCUUUUCUGUAAAUGGAAUCACAGAAUAGUCAACUUAAGAAACACCCUGCUGUAAGUCCUGUAACAAUCCCUACUUCACCCGCUGCUGCAACUCCCACAUCAUGUCGAAAGAAGAAGAAUGAACAAGCCACUUUCCUGGAAGAUGUGAAGGAUCACAUUGAUGAAUUUAUCAAUGCAUCUAUGGAUGAACAUGCGUCUUGCUUCAAGAAGACAAUCGACAAGAUGUUCAGAAUGUCGAAGAUUGUUGCUGAUAAGAAUGCUGCUGAUACCAAGGAAGUUGAAAGUUCGCUGCCCCUUCAAACAACAGUAGCAGACUAGUAUCAUCUCCUACAUUCUGUGAUUCUGAUGCCUACCGAAAUAAGACCCCUUUGCACCAGGAUUAAGCUACUGAAUUAGGGUGAUGUUUAAUUAGUUACAAUGGUGAACUUUGCCUUGCAGUUUCGUUUUGACCAACUUGAAAACUUAUGCUUUCUACGAUCAAUUACACUCUUAUGGAGUGAAUUUCGUAGGACUAAGUUCUUCUGAUUUCAACAGACAUUUUUUUCUUUUCGUGGAUUAUGGAAUGAUAAGGUUUUGGUGCAAUUUC